AUGGGUUUCUUUUCUUUCUUCCUCUCGUUGUUCAUUUCGCUUUCGAUUGUUCCGUUCUCAAACGUUCUGGUAGCACAAGCUUUCACAGGUACAUAUGGAGUAAAUUAUGGUAGAAUAGCUGACAAUAUCCCACCACCCGAAAGCGUGGUAACACUUCUAAAGGCAGCAAAGAUAAAGAACAUCAGGAUUUAUGAUGCGGAUCAUGGAGUUUUGACGGCAUUUAGAGGGUCUGGAAUCGAGAUAAUUGUUGGACUUGGGAAUGAGUAUUUGAGAGAUAUCAGCGUAAAUCCGGAUCGUGCGGUAGAUUGGGUGAAAGAAAAUGUCGAGCCAUUUCUACCCGGCACACUCAUCUCUGGGAUCGCUGUUGGAAAUGAGGUGCUCGGGAGUGUUGAUCCUGAACUAUGGGAAGUUCUUGUGCCGGCAGUGAAAAAUGUCUACAAUGCCCUUGUUCGGUUGCGACUGACUAGAAUUGAGGUCUCGAGCCCACAUUCAGAGGCUGUUUUCGCAAAUACAUUCCCUCCGUCAGCAGGGGUAUUUAAGGACAGUGUUCUUCCUUACAUGAGGCCACUUCUACAGUUCUUUUCGCAGAUUGGUACACCGUUCUACAUAAAUGCUUAUCCCUUUUUGGCUUAUAUCAGCGAUCCAGCCCACAUUGAUCUCAAUUACGCUAUUUUUCAAAAGACGGCCGGUAUUUAUGAUGCGAAGACUAAACUACACUACGAUAAUAUGUUUGACGCUAUGGUUGAUGCUUCUUACGCUGCAUUGGAAAAGGCCGGUUUUGGUAAAAUGGAAGUCAUAGUAUCUGAAACUGGUUGGGCUUCAAAGGGAGAUGAAAGUGAAGCAGGAGCUACCAUGAAGAAUGCGAGGACUUACAAUCGUAAUUUGCGCAAACGACUACUCAAAAAGAAAGGGACUCCUUAUCGACCUAAGACUCCCGUGAAGGCUUAUAUCUUCGCGCUGUUUAACGAAAACUUGAAGCCGGGGCCAACAUCUGAGAGAAACUUUGGAUUGUUUAAAGCUGAUGGAAGCAUAUCAUAUGACAUCGGGUUUACCGGGCUAGUACCUAGUUCAGCGACCUCGUCUCCUCUCUGUAUAAAGGUCUGUGGACUUGAAGGAUUGGCUCAAAUAGCCUUUGCUGGUCUUGUUCUUGUUUUGAUAUUAUGA